UCCGUUACAGCAACUUAUGCUCCAACGCAGCGAAAAAAUCGGCCGCAAUUAUUUAUUUAUUUUAGCAAAAUAUGGAGCAAUUGGCACAGUUUGUAACAAAAUCCUUUGAGUUCAACUUAACAAACAACAGUGUUCACGCUUUGUUCAAUUCAAUGACGGGCGCGCGAAUUAAAAAGCAUCCGGAUGUUAAAAACUCCAUUCUCAUAAAUUCUAUUAGUUCCGGCGGCAGUUAUGGCGACGGCUGUGCGAGUGGUGACGAGUCCGUGGAUAUUGACAUAACCGAUUUGUCCGUUUCGGAAAGUAAUACAAUUAUCGCCCCUGAACCGGACCCACGACCAGAUUCUCCUCCCGAGGAUGUUGUGGAGACCUACCGCUUAAGUCCUAAUAUUCGAAAACCCGUAGAGAACAAGCCCAAAAACUGGUUAAUAUCCGAGGAUUUAGAAGUGGAUUCACAGCCAGAAGAUUCAAAAAUCUCUGCGAUAGUAACGACACAUGUAAGUGAUUGCACGGAGGAUAGCAACACGCCGACGUUAGCCCCCGACAAGCCGAUAAUACCUGAGAAGUGCGGCUCCCCGGAUCCAACCAGAAUCAGGGACCACUGCGACCACCUCGAUCCGUCCGUGGUUAACACAAAGCAGCGAAGAUCUCGGACAAACUUUACGCUGGACCAGCUUAAUGAAUUGGAGAGACUCUUCGAGGAGACACAUUAUCCGGAUGCCUUCAUGCGGGAGGAACUGAGCCAGCGGCUGGGGCUGAGCGAGGCCAGAGUGCAGGUCUGGUUCCAAAACAGACGGGCAAAAUGUAGAAAGCAUGAAAAUCAAAUGCAUAAAGGAUUCUUGGUAGGUAGUCGGAGUCCUCCCAUUGCAACUCCACUGGAACCUUGUCGAGUGGCACCCUAUGUCAGUCUGGCGGCACUGCGAAAUUCCUCCGUUCCGCCACUUCCAGCGACGGCGACCAGUGUUAAUCCUGCAGCGACUGGAAGUGUCAGUACCGGAAAAGUUCCGGUAGUCAAUGUUGAUUCACCUCAUCCCCCGGCCAUCACCCGCUCAGCUGUCAAACAAUUCUCCAGCACAGUUGCAGCAGCCGCCGCCUUUUCAGCUUUCGAUCCGGCGAUUAUUUCAGUAGCAGCUCACCAGUAUGCCGCAGCUAUAACCAAUGGAACAGUCCCAGCUGGACUCUUCUCCGUGCCACAAUAUUCAAUAAAUCUGGCCGCUUUCGCCGCUGCUCACAGCAAAAGUUCCAGUAUAGCGGAUCUUCGAAUGAAGGCCAAGAAACACUCGGAAUCAUUGGGUCUUCAAGCGGAUAUGGUUCUAUAGUAAACAUCGCUAUUUACCAAAUAGUAUUUA